UGACAUUUAUGACAUUUGACUUUGAAUUAAUGGUCCGGUUAUACGAUUUGUAAUUAUUUUCAUGCGAAUUUUAAGAAUAUAUCAGUCGAGUAAAUUGAAAUUUAUGAAUUUAUUUGCUAGUGUUCAAUUCAUACUUUAAUCUUUAUUAAAUUUUCUUUCAUUGUUUCAUCAAACAAGUAGUUAGUGACAUAAAAAUGUCGAGCGACAACGGCUUUAACAACGACGAUUCCCCAAACAAAACACACGCACAUCUCCAGUUGCCGAGCCCUAUUAUAACUCGAAGAAAUCGGACUGCUUCGACAUCUGAAAGAGCUCUACAAAAUCCAAUUGAGCAUGGCAAAAUAAAGUCAUUCUGUCGUGAAAAGGGUCAUGGAUUUGUGACUCCUAAGAAUGGUGGCGAAGAUAUUUUUCUACAUAUUUCUGAUAUUGAAGGAGAAUAUGUGCCACUGCCAGGUGAUGAGGUCACAUAUAGACAUUGUCCAAUCCCGCCUAAGUUUGAGAAGUACCAAGCAGUCCAUGUGAAAAUUGUCCAACUAGUUCAGGAGAAACACUUAAAGUGGCAUGAACCGUUGUAAACGCAGACGACCAAUCAUUUUUUCAUUCAUGUAAUGAAGCCAACUUCUUAUAUUUUAUCUUUAAUAUCUUUUGCUGUCCCUCCUCUUCAUAUUUUUAUCUAAGAGGCCUAAGUGUUGUAUGAAAUAACUAAGGGCAAUAACGAAAUCCAUAGCUAUAAACACCAGCAGUUAACAUACCUGAGAAUAGAAGCAGAUAAUUUAAAAAAGUUUGUGAGAAUUAAUUAACAGUAAUGACACAUGUAAGGCAAUGACACUUUGUUCCAACAAAAUACCUGAGAAGCUGAUGCAAUAUCAAGUAAACAAUAAUCAAUUGCAAAGCAAUUUCACAAUAAAACUUAUUAACAUUGUACAAGUGAAAUGACAAUCUUUUUGUCUAGUUUACUGUUUAAGUGGCUGCUUUUAAAUUAUGGAAAGUUAAUGAAAGAAAAUAAUUAUUUAAAAGUGUGAUUAUUUUAAAGAACUGCUAUAGUAUAUGCCAAAUUUCAAAUCAACUCUGAAUACAAAACCCGCAGCUGCACAGCUUACAAGCAUAUAUCCUAGUGAGGUAUAAUAGCGUCAGUGAGGACUGUAAGUUUGGCACAUACUAUACUCGUCUUAAAAGCUUAUUUCGCUUAAGUAUCUGUUAAGUCAUGUUAAGAUUGCUGUUUUUUUUUUUCGAAUUUAAACCAACGUGAGUGGUUCCCACAAUAUUGAUAUAGAAAAACGGCUAACUUCGUGUGAUUAUUGUCUGAGUAAACUUCAAACCCAUAUGGGCCCUUAGUCAUGAGUAGUUCAUGCAACGCCGCGUAAACCAAACAACUGACUGCUAUUGCUAUAACUAUGGAAUUUGGUAUACCCUUUAAACAUACUUUGCACAAAUAUGUUGUGGUUAAAUAAAUGUUGUAUUAUGUGAUAAUAUUCAGUAUUUAAGAAAGUGAGAAAGUUUAUGUGGUGCUAAAUUUUCGAAGGAUUUUACCAUCUUGUAAGAAUUUUGAUAACAUGUUUAGUUAUGGGUAAAUGGCUCCUUGCGCAAAUCUAUACAUAUAGAUGUAUUAAAUGCCACAAGUGUAUUAUGAAAAUAUUUCCAUAGACGGCCUAAUUUUUAUUUUAUAAGUAGUGUUUAUGUACUUAUUUCUUAUGCCUCAUAUUCAUGGUAAACAUAAUUUAUUGACAAGCAUAUAACAAAUAACUGUGGUUAUACUCGCUUAACAUUGUUACAUUAUAUGGCCUUCCUCAAGCAAUAGGCUAUUAGUUUUACAUAGAAACUGAAAGGGGUGUGGAUUAUCUUCCUACUCCUAACAAGUUAGCCUGCUAACAUCUUAGAUUACAUCAUCACUUACCAUCAGGUGAGAUUGUAGUCAAGGGCUUACUAGUAAAAAAAAAAAAGAAACAUGACAUCAGGAAACCUUGUUUGUUUCACAGGUAAUAGCUUGCGUAAGCGCAUUAACUAUAUAAUAUCUUAUUCUACUGUAAAAGGAAAAGAAAAAAUGUAAGCAAAAAAAUAUAGAAUUAAGUUGAAUUAAGUAUCAACUUGACGGCCUCCGUGGUGCGGUGGAUUUAAAAGAUGAAGGUCCUGGGUUCGAUCCCCGGCUGGGCCGUGAGAGGUUUUCUUAAUCGGUCCAGGUCUGACCGGUGGAAGGCUUCGGCCGUGGCUAUUUACCACCCUACGGGCAAAGAUGUACCGAAAGGUGCGUGGAUUUUCAUCCUAACAUCAGGCGAGAUUGUAGUCAAGAGCUAACUUGUAAAGAAUAAAAAUAUAAAAAAAACCAAGGUUGAGUUGAGCUAGCAAGUGUCAACAAGUAGGUAUUUGAAUUAACCAAAGUUUACCAUGCAUAUAUGGCUCCUUAUAUUAUUAUAAGUUGUUGCAUUUAUGGUGAAUUCCAAACUUGCUUUGGAACCUCGUUCUUACAUUAAUAUUCGCCGAAUCGCAUAAUGAAUAUUUUAAUAAUAAUUUUAAUCAUUGUAUUCUUCUAAUGUAGAUAUAUUAUAUUAGAAUGGAAAAUAAAAUAUACUUAUAUGUAUUAUAAUUUUAACAUUAAUUAUGUAAUUUAAAUGUUUUUUUAAACAUAAUAUUUUAUACACCAUUUUAAAUAUAGCAUAGCUGUGUAGUGUGCGACAUGAUACCAUGCUUGUCUUGUUUAUUUUGUUAUUGUAGAUGUACAAUAAAUAUAUGUAUACAAUGA